UCGCGAAAAUAUUAUCCUGAUGAUACGCGUGGAGCAUUAUAGCUGGCACAUUUUUCGUUAAUGAUAAUUUAAUUUCGUAUUACAAAUUUCUCUGAAUCGCUUUUAUUAUUCGUUGAUAACUUGAAAAUUGCUUUGGCGUUAGUGCAGACUUGUUUGAUUAGCUUCACUUGGCCUGUACCUGCCUACCUGCCUAUUAUAGCUCCCUUCCGGCGUACCCAUGAAAAUCGGACGUUUAGCCCUAAUUUUUUUGGCCGUAGCGCGACCAACUGCCUUCCAGAUAAGCGCAUUAGCCUAUGACCAGCGUGACGAACCUGCUUUGUUUUAAGCGUGUUUUUUGCCGCGUAUGUACGACAAAUAAAUUGAAACCUCCUUGUUUUUCAUCUUCUGAAACAUUAGUAGAUAUUUCAUUUCAGUGGAAAGAAUCUUCCAGCCUCAUUUGGUGUUAGGCAGCUGCCGAGUGCGUCGCGUUGUGUUUGCUCUGUGCUGACUUGUGGAACAUAAAAUUUGAGUGCCUGGAAUUGAACUCAUCUAGUGCUUGCUCUUGAAGGAUCUUGUUUUGAGAUUCAACGAUGGGCGGACCAAACCCCGUGUUUCGAUCGUUCAACCUCCUGCAGCAAUUUUCUCAGCUGGUGACCGGUGCCUUCUCCAGCAACCCAGUUACACAUACGUCUCCCAGUGAUGGCAGGAUCCUGCGAAUGCAUUACCAAUGGACGCUCUGGCUCUUACUCACAGGAUUUGCUUGCGUGUAUUAUAACUGGUUUACAAGAGACAUUAUUGUUUGCGUGUCGCAUUAUAAUGCUGAUGUGCAGGUUCGUUUAGAUUAUCUCAACAUCUGCACUUCUUACCCUUACAUUCUUGACGAGGCGGGCAAGGUUGUCACCUUACUCUUCUACCGAUACGUUCACUGGGUCUUGCUCCUGUUAGGCGCUCUAUAUUACAUUCCUCGAAGACUUUCUAAAGAUCACGAAAACGUCAAACUCAAACGAUUGUUUGAAUAUUUGAAUGCCAAUGGACAUCAAUACGAGGGAGCUGAAAAACAAUUGGUUGAUGCUACAGCCAAAUACAUGGUAGUCAAUAUGAAAACUCACGACUCGCUGUUCAUGAAGUAUUGGAUUUGGAACGUCGUUUCGCUUGGCAUUGAUGUUUUCACGUUCUACUUCUUAGACUGGUUGCUGUUAGGCAAAUUCUCAGCCUUGGGAUAUGCAUCUUAUCCUUACUAUCGUGACGGAGAAUACCAACUGGAUUACAUUUCGAAAACUUUUCCUCCAUUCGUCGAGUGCACCAUUGGAAUGUCACAUGAACUGAGCAAUAAGCGUGUUGAGAAGUACGGUUGCCAUUUAACUGCGAUGGAGAUCUACGAAAAAGUGUUUUUCGUUCUUUGGUUCUGGUUGAUCAUUCUAAUGGUUUUAACUUCUGUGUACACUGUUUUCCUGGGUUUAUUCUACAAUGCAAAAACACGAAAUUUAAUCUUGAGAUUCUCCAAACCCAUGAAUGCUACGGUGUCAUCACGAAAAGCGAUAGACAAUCUCUCAAGGUACUGCAAGGCUGGUGAUUAUUUUAUACUCUACAAACUACGACAGCACUUUGCACACAAAGAUUUCUUCGAAUUACUGCGCCGCAUUUGCGAUGAAGAAUUCCGAGAUCGUGUGCUCAUCGGCCUCAAGAAAGAACACCCGAUGUACACGAGCGUCAUGGAAGAAGACGACGUUAUUCUUAUGGGCUCACCUUCACGGAAGACUAACACAGGAAUAUUGGUUGAUUAGACUCAAACCACGUCUUGACUGCGAAUAUUUUUUGGUGCUUGAGUAUUAGAAACCCAAAUGACGUUUUGUUAAAAUCAUGGCUUAGUCACAUUUAAUGUUUAACAAUGCCAUGCCUGGAGGAGCCGGCUAAGCUCAACUUAAGCUGACGGUUGUGCUUUUAAGAAUUGCAGUGUAAAUUUGAAAAAGAGAUGUUAUUGUUAAAACUAAGUGACAGUUGUUGAAGUAUUUUUUACGCUCGGUUAUUUUGACUGGUCUACGGACGGAUUUCACUUUUAAUUAGACUUGUAAAAUGUCUUCUUUUUAGAUUCACAAAGUAGAAACAUUUGUGCCACAGCUCCUUUAACCCACUGGAAUUCUCUUGUACAUAUUUUAGACUUAAGCGCACUCGAGUUUCUGGCGAAAUUCUUCUCAGCGUAAAAUAAGUUUAUACUGUUGUUUCUUUUCCUAGUAGUAAAUAUUGUCUUAUU